UUGGGCAAUGAGAGGAUGAAAAAGUCCAUGCAAAACAAUACGUGCUUGAAAACAAGCCAGCUGGAAACAAAGAGAUGUUGUGUAACUGAAUGAGUGCUUUACUGUCACAGUAUGCAAUACGUAUUAGUGGGGUAAUGGUCUUUUGUUCAUUAAAAAAUUCUUUUGCGGAUUGGAGCAUGGAGAGGGAUUUUGAGAAGUACAUUCAUGCUUUUUCUUGUGAAAUGGUCCUUUAAAAUAAGCUUCUUUUGAUCACAUUUAGGGAUAUCGUGCGACCGUAAGGUGACUGUGAGGUCUGCUAUUUUCUAUGUGCAACAAUUUAAUUAUGAGUUCUUAUCCGCUACCAGAAGGAUUCUCUGAGUUCGACGUGUUUUCUCUCGGAUCUUGUCUGCUUGUGGAGGGUCUCCUUGGAUUCCUCCUGAAUUCUGUCACCGCUGUUGCUUUCCUUAAAAUACGAGAACUGCGGACUCCGACUAACUUCCUUGUGUUCUGUUUGGCUCUAGCAGAUAUGGGGAUUUCUACGAAUGCUACAAUUGCCGCAUUCUCGAGCUUUCUGAGAUACUGGCCGUAUGGUUCAGAAGGGUGUCAGACCCAUGGCUUUCAUGGAUUCCUAACUGCCCUUUCCAGCAUCCACUUCAUUGCAGCCAUUGCUUGGGACAGAUACCACCAAUACUGCACCAGAACAAAGUUGCAGUGGUCUUGUGUCAUCACACUGGCCAUCUUCAUCUGGCUCUUUGCUGCCUUCUGGGCAUCCAUGCCUUUGAUUGGUUGGGGAGAGUAUGACUAUGAGCCACUGAGGACCUGUUGUACUCUGGACAUGAGCAAAGGAGACAGGAACUAUGUCUCCUAUGUGAUCCCAAUGGCCAUCUGUAAUAUGGGAAUUCAAGUGCUUGUUGUGUUUUCCUCGUACCAGUCCAUUGGAAAGAAAUUCAUGAAGACUGGCCAGGAAAGAUUCAACUGUACCACUCCCAUGAAGACUCUGCUCUUCUGCUGGGGUCCUUAUGGGAUCCUAGCCUUCUAUGCUACUGUGAAAAAUGCCAACCUUUUAUCUCCUAAACUGAGAAUGAUCGCUCCCAUCAUGGCUAAGGCCUCUCCCACAUUCAAUGUCUUUGUUUAUGCUCUUGGAAAUGAGAAAUACAGAGGAGGAAUUUGGCAACUGCUUACAGGACAAAAGAUUGAUGCUCAAGCCACUGAGAACAAGUCCAAAUAAGCUAAACAUACAAGUAACUGUGUUUAAUAUUAUGGCUGUUUCUGAGAAGUUCGAUGCAUGCUUAAUCUUACUGUCACACCGUAGUUAGCACCCAGCCAGCCACCCACACCUGCACAUACCAUUUACACUCCCCAAUCACAUCCCUGGUCAAAAUCACCAAAUUAUUAGUUCAUUGUGUGCACCUGUUUCUUGAUUUUUUCUGUGAACUUAUUCUUGCAUGUCCCCAUCCACAGCGUUUUGCGCUAGCCUCUGCAAAAGACUGAACAUUAUUUUAUACCCUGUUUGUUCAUUUCCAAGUUUUAUUACUAAACAUGCCUUGCUUCCUGACUUCAGCACCAUAUCACACACUGUCUUUGCCAUAUUUAGUAGCUAAAUCGUAAAUACCUUUUAACAUAAUGUAUGAAGUAUUACUUUUGACUCUUGCCCUUAAUGUUAUAAUUUCUGCUGCAGUUACCUAUUAAAUGUAAUGUUGGUGGCCCGAGUGCCGCAGGGCAUUGGGCAGGAUGCACAGA